AUGAGUUCUCAUAGAUCGAAGGGUCGCUCAUCUGGAGAAGGUAGCAGCUCGACUGCUUCAACAAAUUCGCCGCGUCAGCCCACAAAAGAGGAACUCGAGCAGAUGGAUCAGCAGAAGGUGACGCCAGAGCUGCUGGAAUAUAUGAAAAAUUUUCAGUCUCCAUACAUGAAAGACGUUUCGGCUUUUGAGAGACUGGCUAAGAUCGGAGAGGGCACUUUCGGGUAA